AUGGCCAUGUUCUACGCGUUCUUGACCCAUCACUAUUCUACAUCAACAACAUUCUGCGUCGAAGACACACUGUUCCUGGUUGUUAUCAUCGUGGAUGCAGCGCUCAUCCUGCUGCUAUCAAAAUGGGGCAACGCCUUGGUCUGCAUCUCAUGGCUCCUCCUAGAGCUGGCGACCUGCCUUCUGAUUCUCUCGUUAAACAAACACUACGCCUUCGCCAUCCUCGCCGCGCUACUCCUGGCUGUCGUCGUCGCCCUCCUCCAGCCAAAGCUGCAGCAUGCGGCCGAUAGGCACGUGUUGCCAUUCUUCACACAAGACAUGAUCGGAGACGAUGAGGAGAGUCCACACCUGGGCCAUCUGCUGGACCUGUCGCAGGGCAUCGCCAGUUUUGGCGGCCUCUUCACGGUGAUCGCCGGACGCUUAAUGGUAGGGCCUGUCAAUGCGGUUGGUUUCUUCUUCUUCUGUGCGAUAGCUCUCGGGCUCUAUCUGUCCAUGGUGGUGACGGUGGGAGCUGUGACUCGACCCCACACCAAGUGUCUAGCCAUUGUCGUCAUGGUCCUCGUCGUGCUCACGUUUAUCGCUGCCUGCAUCCCACUUGUUGGGCACUCGGGAAGCAAGCCACAGGUUGUCACGUAG